AUGGGUUACGAAACUAUAUACAAUGAAUUUCAUUCUAAUGAACAAGUUCAGGCAUUCAUUCCAUUAGCACAACAACCAAGAUAUGGUAUCUUAGCUACCAUUUUAUGUUUGAUAUUCCUAUUCGGUGCUGUAAUGACUGCUUGCUCUAAGAGAUCUAUCAUACCCAAAUUUAUAAUCUUCACUUUCCUAAGUGUGAUUGGUUCCGUCCUAUUUGGUAUCGCUGCUAUCUUUGUCUCCGAUGCUUUAGGUGUAUAUGUCUAA